CCAUGUUUCUUUUAUUUAAACGAGCUAAACACAUUUGUAUGAUUUUUAAUCUAAUUAAAACAAAUUCUCUCUCGCUGUCCUUAGAUGCAGAAAGAUUUACUGUCAGUGUAUUACAGGGAUUUGUCGGAAUUGCUUGUUUAGAUUAUCGGGGUAGCAGUGCAGCGCUGGAGCAUCAUCAGUCUGCAGAGUUUGCUCCUCCUAACUAGCCGCGUUAGCACAUUGUUAUUAGCAAUAUAGCCGAGUGAAGCUUCAUUAGACCGACUUGGCUAGCACGAAGAAACAGAACUAGGAGGUAGAAACUAGAUUAGUUACUGAAACUCUCAAGAGCAUUCAUUGCAAGCAACUUCUUUGAGUUGGCACCAAAGCAGGGUCUCAUCCCAGGAUAUGUGGGCUAUUCGUCACAAAUUUGGUGAUGACUUUGUAGGUUUCUGGACUGCACAACAUCUUGUUCAAGAAACCAGCUUGAUAUGAUCUGAGCUUUAUGACAUGGUGCAUUAUCCUGCUGGAAGUAUCAUGCAGAAAAUGGGUAUAAUGUGGCCAUAAAGUAAUGGAUUGCAUCAAAAUCCAUUACUCAUUUGGCAAGAGUCGCACACUGUGCCAAGAUAAUAUUCCCCCACACCAUUGUACAACCACCCCUUCUACCUUUGAUACCUGAUAGAUUGCAUUUUUGCUUUCAUGCAUGUCUAAUUCUGACUGUAUUAUCUGAAUGUUUAAGCUCAAAUCAAAGUUUUUCCAAUUUGUUUUGUCCCAGUUUGGGUGAGCCUAAGGGUAAAUGAUAGCCUCACUUUCCCUUUCUUAGCUACUAUAUCAAAAUGAACCCGGACGCACAACAGAGGAUCGGCUUUAUUGGUGCAGGAAACAUGGCUUUUGGCAUUGCAAAGGGGAUGUUGUCAGGAAAUGUUCUACCGGCAAACAUCAAAGUUAGUGCACCAUCCUCUACAAAUUUAGGACGAUUCCAGGAACUUGGCAUUUCUGUGACACACUCCAACACUGAUGUGGUCUGUGUGUCAGACGUGGUGUUUGUCGCCGUCAAGCCUCAUAUGAUUCCACGUGUUCUCGUUGAAGUCUCUCAGCACAUCACAAAGAAACAGAUAAUCGUGUCGGUUGCCGCCGGAGUGACGCUAGCUAUGUUGGAGGAGCUCCUCCCAGAAAACUCGAUUGUCAUCAGGCUGAUGCCUAACCUUCCCUGUCUGGUUCAAGAGGGGGCCCUCUUGUUUGCACUGGGCACCAACGCAAAAGGGGAGGAUGGCGCUCUACUUCUCAGCUUGUUGCAUUGCUGUGGUUUGGUGGAGGAGGUGCCUGAGGCCUGGAUCGAUGUCCACACAGGGCUGAGCGGGAGCGGAGUCGCUUUUGUGUAUCUUUUUGCAGAAGCGCUGGCAGAAGGAGCUGUUAAAAUGGGCAUGCCAAGUGCUCUGGCUCACAGCAUCGCAUCCCAAACUGUUCUGGGUGCUGGGAAAUUGCUACGCGAUUCUGGGAAACAUCCAGCUCAGCUUCGGGCUGAGGUCUGCACCCCGGGUGGAACAACCAUCUACGGGCUUCACACACUGGAGCAGGGAGGCGUGAGGGCGUCUGUCAUGAGUGCGGUGGAAUCAGCCACUCAGAGAGCAAGGGAGCUUGGGAAAAAAUAGGCAGCAGGAAGGGUCCGUGUGUCAGUAUACCUUUUUAAGAACUACAUCUUGAACUUUAACCAUGGAAAGUCUUAAAAAUAAGAUGGCUGUUUUUUUUUUAUUAUUUAUUUUUUUAUAUUUCAUAACUUGAUAUUGUAAUAAUAAAAAAAAAAUCAUAAUCUUGAUUAAAAAAAAACACAUCUUACACCUUCGUUGGAUCUUUCAAAGGAUGGACUUCUUAUGUUUCACUUUGUGUGAUGGUAAAUAAAAGAAAAUCUGUUGGAUCACAAGUUUAAUGUCUGCAUUAACAUGCAGAAUAAUCCUUCCCUUAAAUGAGGGUAGAUAUGCAUAAUGAGAUGUUCAUAAAUAAAUAAUAUUGUGAUAGAGAAUAAUUAUAUUUGCCUUAC